CUGACGCCACGGUUAGGACAAUGGCUUGGCACGUAUAUCUGAGCGCCGUUGUCCCUAGACUUGUUUUUAUCUUUCACGCCUUUAUCGCAGUUUGGCGGGUGACUGUAGUGAUGAAUGACCCCAUGUACUGGCUUCUGCUGCUUUUGAAUUUAUUGAUCUUUGUAGAAAUGAUAGUGACCAUCACCAUCCGGAAAGGAUCCGAUUACAAAGGGUUUUCUCCUGCACUGUUCUUUUAUCUAAUCAAUGUAAUACCUCCAAUAUGGAUCCUUGAAGUAUUUCAGCUUUAUGAACAUAUGAGCAGCAACGAAUGUGUUUCAAAAGAUAAUUCCACAUGCACGUACAUUAUCCAUCCAGGCACAGCUCCGUGGACAGAAAGGAAACAGAAUUCCAGUUCCCCAUUUGAAAAUAUUAUUCCGCGGAAUAUCGACUGGAUCCUGGGUCUGCACCAGACCCUCCUUAUUAUACUUAUAAUCGGGAAAUGGAUACUGCCUAUGGGAAUAGGAGUCAACCGAGACCAACUAUCCCAAUUGCUUUUAAUGUUCGUGGGAACGGCAGCAGAUAUAUUGGAGUUUAAGAGUGAAACACUGUCAGAUAAAGGGGUCAGGUGCUGCCUUGAGCUGGUUUAUGCCAUUCUGGCCCUGUGGACCUGGAGUAUGCUGCAAUUUCCCUUGGAUCUUACAGUACUGCAGGAAGAAGAUGAGGAACUUACGCGAUAUCAGAUCCCAGAAUGGAAAGCAAAGCUAUACAAAUACAGAGCAGACCUCUGGAAUAUAUUCAUAUCCAUAUUUAUACAAGAUGGACCUUUUUUCAUUUUCCGAUUGUUCUUAAUGUUAAAUAGAAAACUAACUCACCAGAUGCUACUAUUUUUCACAAUCAAGAAUAGCUUGGUGCUGACACUGCAGAUCUAUCGGCUGGUUGCUAUAUACUUAGAAAUACGUCAGCCCUCCCAGAGGGAAAACAAGAUGACCACUGAGGCCAGCGUUGCUCCUGCUCCCAUUGAGAUGGAUGACAUCACAGAAUAGCAGGUGCUUCUGACUGGCGCAAGGAUAGAAGACUGGACUCGGGCUCACCAAGAUUUUGCCAACAUCAUCAGAAAUGAAUAUAUCCAAUUAGAUGAGAUAGAGGGCUGUCUGUCAGAUUUGGAUAACGCACUUGCUAAUGUGCCAAAGCAGCAGUACCAGAAAGCACACCUCCAAGGUUAUUUAGAUGAUCAUUUUAAGGAAUAUUUCCUCAGUGUGUGAUUUCAUGAGUUAGAGGCAGACUGACAUUGGUGUAGCUCCAAUUCUUUGACCAAUCCUCCCUGAGAGACCCCUCUUUGACAGAAUAGGAUUAGGAAUGCAUCUCUUUGCAACCCUGAAUCCCUGCUGCCUUUUGUUGCUCAUAAAAACAAAAUGAGAGAAUUAGUUUUUGAGGCAACUUUCAUAACCUUAGGAAAUCCAAAAUACUCCCUUGUUGUACUAUAGGAAACACAA